AUGUCAACCCACGAAAAUCAUAUGGUCCAGACGGCAUCAGCAGCAAGGCACUCAGGCAAGCGCAGACCAGCUCGCACUACCGUUCCAAAAGCUGUUCCAGCUGUCACUGGACAGCGGGAUAAUUCCAGACUUAUGGAAAAAGUUGCUUUGUCCCAGUACCUUAAAAACAUCAGGCCAAAAGAAAAUAACGACUUACGCCCUGUAGCCCUGACAUACAGUAUGUACCGCUAUUCAAAAACAUAUUCUCACUGGUGUCUCAUCCCAACUAUAUCCAAACCAAUUUGCCUACCGUGCCUCCAGGGGCGUUGAUGAUGCGUUACUGGUCAUGCUGAACAACAUUUACGAUGACUUAGCACAGGCAAAUAGACUAGUGAAAAUUGUAUUCAUUGACUUCAGUAGCGCGUACAAUACCAUCCAACUCCAUCUACUGAUCAAGUGGAUUAACAGAUUCCUUGUGAACCGUACCCAACAAGUGAAGUUUAACUCUGCCAUCUCCACAUCUAGAAUGGUGAAUACAGGAGCCCCGCCAGGUUGCGUACUUUCACCGAUCCUGGACACCAGUGGAGGCUGCUGAGGGGAGCAUGGCUCAUAAUAAUGGCUGGAACGGAGCAAAUGGAAUGGCAUCAAACCCGUCCUCCCCAAUUAAGGUGUCACCAACCUCCUGUGCUGUACACACUGUACACAAAUGAUUGUAAAGCCUCUGAACCAGCCCACAAAUUCUUUAAAUAUGAAGAUGACACUGCUGUUAUAGGGUUUCCUUCACCCAGACCAAACCUCUCAGGUUUUGACAGAGAAAUGGUGUGCAGAUAACUUUCUUUAAAUAAACGUUAAGAAAACAAAAGAGAUGGAAAUUGAUUUUAGAAGGAAUAAAACUACACUACCCCCUAUCAAUAGGGAAUCAGUCGAUAGAGUGACCACAUAAAUACCAGGGAAUAUAAAUAGACAAUACAUUGAAAUUAAAUGACUGUGCCCUGGAAAAGGCAAAGAAACUGCAACAGAUAAUGUUUUUUUUAAGCAAACUAAAGCAUUUUAAUGUUGAUCGCCAUAUACUACAAAUGUUCUACAAAUCUGUCCUACAGAGUGUGAUGUCCUUUGGUCUGAUAUGCAUGUUUGGAAACAUGCGAGCGCAAGACAAAGUCAAGCUUCAGCGCUUGAUCAAGGCGGGAGGAAGGAUAAUUGGUAUAGACCAAGAAUCAGCCACCAGCCUGUACACAAACCUCAUCCUCCAAAAACUUGAAAGCAUUUUACAGGACAAUACCCAUUUCCUUCACUCAAAACUCUGUCAUAACAGCAGCUGGACAAGGGGAAUGAGACUUCUUCAAAAGAAGAUCCGAAUGGAUAUAUAUGGGAACUCUUUUAUUCCAACAGCCAUUAGGCUGUACAAUGGAUAGUCUAUUGGUCCCUUGAGUGUACAGCAUAUUGCACUUUCACUGUAAAUAUGUGUGCUAUCGCACUUUCAAAUACAUUUGAUUGUGUAUUGUUCUGUGUUUAAAUGUUUUAUGUCCUGUCUUUUUAAGUACAUGACCGAAUGAAUUUCCCCCUGGUGGGAUAAUAAAGUUGAUAUGUAUCUGAAAUUGUCAACUCACUCAUAAAUUGUAACAUCCAUACAUUCACUCACUGUAUACACAGACAGCCCCAGUAUACUGUAUGUGCACAGUGUUACAUGAUGUAGUUACUUUAUUCUGAUUACAAAAACACACAAACACAGUGUUUAAUAAAAUUAACUCAACAUAGUCUCAGAUCAGGGAGAUGUAUGUGUGUGUUGUGUACAGUAGGUGGAUGUGAAUACAGCAGGCUGCCUGUCACCAUAUUGAUGUUCAGAGAGAUAUGUCCCUGUCUCUCUACUCCUAUCUGUCACUAUAGGGACUAGCCCAGUGACAGCUACACUGACCUAUCUGUGUCUCUAUCUGUCAGGGGAGGAGGGGACUGGGAGGGAGCAACACGCCUCUCCAACCUCCUGGGCCACGACAGUGAUAGAGCGAUGGAGAGAGCGAGAGAGCGAGAGAGCGAGGCUAAGUAAACUAACUCAUUAAUAUUCACCUUGCACUUUGUCCCCUGUACCUUAUAGUCAAGAAAUAUCAAUCACACACUAGGAGCUGAAUUCAAUAUAACUAUACUCUCACACACCAUGGUGUGUAUCAGUGUGUUUGUGGGUUCCUCCCUGUCUCCUGGCUGCUGAGCAUCAGUAUUAGUCUUAUUGAUGUAUGUGUUAAAGCAGCAGAGAGGAGCUCAGAGACAGACACAGUGGAAGCCCUUUGGUGGGCCCCUCUGCUCAGGAAGGAUCGAUAUACACACGUAUACACACACUGACGGAGGGUCCCAAUAGCUUCGCUAUGAAUUCUCAUAUUUACUCUACUACCAGUGGACACACAUAGUUAGAAAAACACACAAACACACAGCCCCCUCAGGGCAGAAGCUAUUCAGUUGGAUCUCAGGAUGAUAGAUCACUGCACUUGUGGUGAGGUUCACACUGUAUCAUUAAUCACACAAACACGCUCCUAAACACACACACCCACAUACGCUCAUAAUGUAUUAUUGGUCAAAGAAACAUUCACUUCAGGACAAUAAAGACAUGAAGCUCAUUCAGGAGUAGACAAACAGGCUAGGUGCUCUUCAGUAAGUCUCCUUCUGUGAGUGUAGGCCUGCCUCUAUGUGUGUUGUGAGUGUGUCUGGGGUUUGACUGGUACCUCCAGUACAGUCUGAUAGAUGUCAUUAAUCUAUUCUAGACACACCAGCUGUCCCUCCCUCCCUCCCUCCCAGCCACUGUGUCUCCAUUCAGUAGUGUUUCAGAGUCAUUGAGACAAAGGGAUUUAAUGCAGAAUGGGGCUCUCUAACGUCAUUCAUCAUAACCACCACUUUGGCUGAAAGCUGACAGGGGUAGAGAAUAUAGAGAGGAAAUAGAGGUAAGGGAAAGAGGAGAGGUCCUAUAGUAGUCGUCUUUAUAGGGAGAGUUGUAGUCUUUAUAGGGAGAGUUGUAGUCUUUAUAGGGAGAGUUGUAAUCUUUAUAGGGAGAGUAGAGGACCUCUUUAUUAGUGGAUCUAUGGUCUGGAAACAUCCAUCACAGGCUAAAAGACAUCUGAAGAGAGAGCACAAGCACACGUACAAACACACACUCACAAACAUGGACACACGCACACAGACACAGAGUCCCCCCAGAGUGAGGUGACAGAGUGAAAGGCCUUCUGAUGGAUGGAUUGGCUUUAAUCACAUUUAAUCAGCUACGUCCUGGAAUAGUGAUGAACAGUCCAUUCAUUGGGAGAGAAAGGCCAGAGAGAGAGAGAGAGAGAGAGAGAGAAAGAAAGAGAGAGAGAGAGAGAGAGAGAGAGAGAGAGAGAGAGAGAGAGAGAGAGAGACCAGAGAGAGAGACCAGAGAGAGAGACAGAGAGAGAGACAGAGAGAGACAACGGAGACAGAGAGAGACGAAGAGAGAGAGACGAGAGAGUAGAGAGAGAGAGAGAGAGUAGAGAAGGAGUAGAGAGACGAGAGAGAGACAGAGAGCAGAGAGGCAAUGACAGAGUAGAGAGAGACGAGUAGAGACAGAUAAGACACAAGGAGACUAGAGAGAGAGACAGAGACAGAAGAAGACGAGAGACAGAAGAGACAGAGACAAGAAACAGAGACAGAAGAGACAGAUAUCAGACAGAGAGAGAGACAGAGAGAGAGCGAGAGAAGAAGAGAGACAGAGAGAGAGACAGAGAACAGAGACAAGCAGAGAGAUACGAGCAGAGAAGAGAAGACAGAGAAAGACAGAGAGAGACAGAGAGUACAGACAAGAGACAGAGAAAACAGACAGAGAAGACAGAGACAGAGAGAGAUAGAGAGAGAAGAGAGAGACAGAGAGACAAGAGAGACAGAGAGACAGAGAGACAGAGAGACAGAGAGACAGAGAGACAGAGUAGAAAGAACAGUGAGUGGACAGAGAGGGACUAAAAAGAAGAGAGAAGGGAGAAAAUACUGAACUUCAAUCCAAAUAACCUUCAUCCCGAGCAAGACUAUACCCUGCUCCCCACCAAACUAUUCAACAUAGAACUGAAUCAGAGUGUUAGGUUCAAGUAACAGAGUGUUAAGUGGAGAUGUGUGUUCCUCUACACCUCACACGACAUGCUGCUGCAAUGUCAACCACCACAUAACCAGAGAGAGGCCUAGCCCUGGGAGAGAGACUUGACUGGCCUCCUCACACUCACUCUCUUCCCUGUUCCUCAUCCCCUCUCUCCUAGACCAUAAUGCCUGCCCUGGGAGGUGACAGGCAGCUGAUGGCUGGGUUAGCAGGAGGCUGGAGGCUGGAGGGUUGAUGGGCUGAUGGGUUAGGGGCUAGCAGGAAGCUGGAGGGUUGAUGGGCUUUAAAGCUGAUGGGUUAGGGGCUAGCAGGUAGGAGGUAGGAGGCUGGAGAAUAGAUGGCCUGUAGGGCUGAUGGGUUAGGGGCUAGUAGGAGGCUGGAGUGUUGAUGGAAUAGUGAUGAACAGCCCUUUCACUGGGAGAGAAAGGCAAGAGAGAGCGAGAGAGAGAGAGAGAGAGAGAGAGAGAGAGAGACAGAGAGACAGACAGACAGACAGAGAGAGACAGAGAGAAACAGAGAGACAGACAGAGACAGAGAGAGACAGACAGAGAGAGAGAGAGACUGACAGAGGCACAGAGACAGAGACAGAAAGAGAGAUGGGCUUUAAGGCUGAUAGGUUAGGGGCUAGCAGGAAUGAGGCUGGAAGACAGAUGGCCUGUAGGGCUGAUUGGUUAGGGCUAGCAGGAGGCUGGAGGGUUGAUGGGCUGUAGGGCUGAUGGGCUAGGGGCUAGCAGGAGGCUAGGGGGUAAUUGGGCUGUAGCGCUGAUGGGUUAGGGGCUAGCAGGGAGGAGGCUGGAUGGUUGAUGGGCUGUUGGGUUAGGGGCUAACAGGGAGGAGGCUGGAUGGUUGAUGGGCUGUUGGGCUGAUGGUUUAGGGGCUAGCAGGGAAGAGGCUGGAGGGUUGAUGGGCUGUUGGGUUAGGGGCUAACAGGGAGGAGGCUGGAUGGUUGAUGGGCUGUUGGGCUGAUGGUUUAGGGGCUAGCAGGGAAGAGGCUGGAGGGUUAAUGGCUGUAGGGCUGAUGGGUUAGGGGCUAGUAGGGAGGAGGCUGUAGGGCUGAUGGGUUAGGGGCCAGCAGCGAGGAGGCUGGAGCUGAGGACAAUACUGUUACAGUCAAGCUGAACACUGGAUGAAUGGGCUGAGGAAAGCAUGGGGCAACUGGAAUGUCCCCCUACUGGGUUCACACAUGUUGAUUCGCUCUGGCCCCAAGAGCGUGCAAAACACACACACACGCAUGCAUGCUCACACACACACACACACACACACACAUAAACAUACAUGCAUACGCAAACACACACACACACGUACGCUCUCACGUGCUCACACACACGCAUGCAUGCUCUCACACGCUCACACACACACACAAUCGGACACAAACACAACCAAACACACAAACCCCCUACAGCACCCCUGCCAGCUGGACAAUGAGAGAGAAGGGCCUCCCUUUAGUGGCUACCAAAGAACCAGAUAACCCUGUCAGAGAACAUUGUGCUCCCUGAACCUGGGAAAACCCAACUAGAACAGUUUACACAGUCCAACGGAAGAACUAUAGAGUUGAACAGGCAAAUGGUUGUAGAUUUCAUAGUUCAGUAGCAGAGCUAUGUUACACACUCCAAUGUAAAGGUCAGAACUGUGGGUUACUGCUCUACUCACUCCCUCAAUAGGAAAACAGGAAUGCUAUGGUUUGGUAUGUUCCACAUGGCACAACAGCCUCCCUCCUUUCCUCCUUUCAAUCUUUCCCCCUUUCCCAUAGCUCCUGUUCUCAUGCCAGUGAGACUGUUCUCCUAUUCUUUAGUGUUUUUAUAGAGCCAUAAAUAGACUGGUACAUUAAUGGCUCCAGUGUGGCUGAUGGAGGAGAGGAGAGAUGGAGGAGAGGAGGAGUGGAGUGUAGGGGUGUGAAGGUUUAAAUUACAUUGGGAUCGUUAACGUUUAAAAAAAUCCCUAACGGAAAUACACACUACCAGUCAAAAGUUUGGACACACCUACUCAUUCAAGGGUUUUUCUUUAUUUUUAAAUGUUUUACAUUGUAGAAUAAGAGUGAAAACAUCAAAACUAUGAAAUAACACAUAUGGAAUCACAUAGUAACCAAAAAAGUGUUAAACAAAUCAAAAUAUAUUUGAGAUUUGAGAUUCUUCAAAGUAGCCAGCCUUUGCCUUGAUGACAGCUUUGCACACUCUUGUCAUUCUCUCAACCAGCUUCAUGAGGUAGUCACCUGGAAUGCAUUUCAAUUAACAGGUGUGCCUUCUUAAAAGUUAAUUUGUGGAAUUGAUUUCCUUCUUAAUGCAUUUGAGCCAAUCAGCUGUGUUGUGACAAGAUAGGGGGGUAUACAGAAGAUAGCCCUAUUUGGUAAAAGACCAAGUCCAUAUUAUGGCAAGAACAGCUCAACUAAGCAAAGAGAAACAACAGUCCUUCAAGUGCAGUCGCAAAAACCAUCAAGCGCUAUGAUGAGACUGGCGCUCAUGAGGACCGCCAUAGGAAUGGAAGACCCAGAGUUACCUCUGCUGCAGAGGAUAAGUUCAUUAGAGUUACCAGCCUCAGAAAUUGCAGCCCAAAUAAAUGCUUCUUAGAGUUCAAGUAACAGACACAUCUCAACAUCAACUGUUCAGAGGGGACUGUGUGAAUCAGGCCUUCAUGUCGAAUUGCUGCAAAGAAACCACUGCUAAAGGACACCAAUAAGAAGAAGAGACCUGCUUGGGCCAAGAAACACGAGCAAUGGACAUUAGACCGGUGAAAAUGUGUCCUUUGGUCUGGAGUCCAAAUUUGAGAUUUUUGGUUCUAACCGCCAUGUCUUUGUGAGACGCGGUGUGGGUGAAUGGAUGAUCGCCGCAUGUGUAGUUCCCACCGUAAAGCAUGGAGGAGGAGGUGUGAUGGUGUGGGGGUGCUUUGCUGGUGACACUGUCUGUGAUUUAUUUAGAAUUCAAGGCACGCUUAACCAUCAUGGCUACCACAGCAUUCUGCAGCGAUACGCCAUCCCAUCUGGUUUGGGCUUAGUGGGACUAUCAUUUCUUUUUCAACAGGACAAUGACCCAACACACCUCCAGGCUGUGUAAGGGCUAUUUUACCAAGAAGGAGAGUGAUGGAGUGCUGCAUCAGAUGACCUGGCCUCCACAAUCCCCCGACCUCAACCCAAUUGAGAUGGUUUGGGAUGAGUCGGACGGCAGAGUGAAGGAAAAGCUGCCAACAAGUGCUCAGCAUAUGUGGGAACUCCUUCAAGACUUUUGGAAAUGCAUUCCAGGUGAAGCUGGCUGAGAGAAUGCCAAGAGUGUGCAAAGCUGUCAUCAAGGCAAAGGGUGGCUAUUUGAAGAAUCUCAAAUAUAAAAUAUAUUUUGAUUUGUUUAACACGUUUUUGGUUACUACAUGAUUCCAUAUGUGUUAUUUCAUUUUUUUGAUGUCUUCACUACUUUUCUACAAUGAAAAAAAUAGUGAAAAUAAAUAAAAACCCUUGAAUGAGUAGGUGUGUCCAAACUUUUGACUGGUACUGUAUAUAUUUAAAAAAUUCAACAUUUUGAUCACAGUGCAGUUAUCACUAAACUACCACUAACAAACAGGUCUCAAUCAUCAUCAUAAAGGGAAAAAAUAACAAAUACCCACAAUGCAACAAUGCUUUAACGUUAGUUAUUUGCCACGGAUAUAAAGCGCUCCGCACAUCAUCAUCAUUAACAGUUGAAAAAUGGCAGCGACUGAGACAGGGAAAUGACAGCAGCAAAGUCCUGUCUGGCAAUACUUUUAGAAGUUAAAUGAGAAGGUGGUGAAAUAAAUGCAAACCGUGGCAGUACAGGUGGAUGCGUAACCAUCUGAAAGGGAGACACCGUCACUCAACCCGUUGCUGGCAGCAGUGCGAUAAGGGAUGGAGUUAGAAAAUCACAGUGCUGAUUAGAGAAAUGAUUGCAGUUGAUAUGCAGCCAUUGUCAAUGGUAGAGGAGGUCUGCUUCACUGCCCUGAUGGCAUAUCUAGAACCAGACUACAAGAUGCAAUAUUGAAAAACCGUGACGGCCUGGAAGGAGAAAUUGUAAAAUGGUUGCUCUGCAAGUACAAAGCACAAGCCCUCAAACACCAUACGUGGUAUUAACAACAGAUUGUUGGACGUCUAUGAACACGCUGUCGUACAUCACUGCAACAAGCCAUUACAUUUUAGUCAUUUAGCAGACACUCUUAUCCAGAGUGACUUACAGUUAGGUGAGUGCAUAAAUUUUUCCUACUUGCCCCCCGUGGGAAUCAAACCCACAACCCUGGCAUUGCAAGCGCCAUGCUCUACCAACUGAGCUACACUGGAGGCAUCACAUUGAUGAGACAUGGGGUAUGAAGUCCCAUGUACUUACAACAUGGAGGAGAGGGACACAGCAGAGAACCUAAAACGGCAUUAACUACCAUCGUUGCUGAGUGGGUGGGGGACAAUAGUAAGGCGAGGGCUGUCUGGUAAGUAGCCAGAACUGUAGUAGAUUGAAUUGCAUUGCCCCCUAGUGGCCAUACGCAGGAUCAUAUCUGAAUUGUGAAUUCGCGUCAUUUCACAAUUUUCUCUUAUCGUUUAAAUGUUUUUAAAAAUGCAGUUUAAACAUUAAGAACAAUUUUACAAUUGCCAUAUCCCUAGUGGAGUGAUAGAUGGCAUCAUUACGACACGGCACAGCUCAUUUAGCAGAACUGUUGGCUUUGUGCUUUUCUAUUGAAGUAUUCCUGGCUUUCCACAUUGACUAAUCCCUAACCUUACCACCCACCCACACGGAGGGAAGGAGGGAUAAUUUUAAUUAGCUCAUUUACACAGUGUUAUUGUUCAAACACCUGCAGACGAUUAUCUGCUGUGCGUCAGUGAGAAGACAAGAGAAGAGAGGAUAAGUGUUGGUGAUAAUCACCAUUGAUCCCCAGUUUGGAGCCUGCAUCACAUCACAGCACCACUGUUCUCAACGCUCAGGGAGGAUUUAGAAAGGGACCAAACACACCUCCUGAAGAUGAGCUAUUCUCUCACUGUGCUAACCUACAACCUGGACACUGCUGUAGAGAAGGCCAUGCAUAUCGAUACACACAGACUAAAACACACACAACUGUGUGCACACUGUCAAACACACAGGCCAUAGUAGUGGACACAAACUCACAAGUACAGAAAGACAUAUACAUAAAUGGAGUGAGAGACACACACGUUCAUCUCUCUCAGCAUAGCAAAUCAGCAGUGAUAAUCUCAUGGCAUUAACUUGUCAGCUGGGGCAGAGGCAGGCUCAAACUGACAGAUGAUAUUAUAUUAAUUCCUCAGAAUAAAACAUCAGUAAUCAAAUGAGCCUAGCAACCAUGAUUAAUGUAUGACAUUGUAAUUAACACCUUAUUUUCAAUAUAAUUAUAUGCAGGGAUAGCGCAUCUGUGUGUGUGUGUGGUGUGUGUGUGCGUGUGCCUGUGACAAGCUCAGUCUCACUGCAGAAUUAGACGUUCAUCCAAGUUCUCCAAACGUCUAAUUUCAAAGUGUUUUUGUUGCUCCUGCUGCUCGUUCCAUUUCUCCAAAUGUUAAGGGUUAAGUUUAAGCACUCAUUCAGAAUGGUUAAGAUAAGGGUUACCACUGGGCAAUCAGGGUCCUGGGCGGGACCCAAGCGCUUGAUGUGUGAGACCGAGGCAGGAAGACCCGGUUCAGACUGGGGGGAAGGUUCCCCUUCCAACAGGACAACGACCCUAAACACUCAGCAAAGACAACAUAGGAGUGGCUUCGGGACAAGUCUCUGAAUGUCCUUGAGUGGCCCAGCCAGAGCUCAGACUUAAACCCGAUCGAACAUCUCUGGAGAGACCUGAAAAUAGUUGUGCAGAGACUCGCCCCAUCCAACCUGACAGAGUUUGAGAGGAUCUGCAGAGAAGAAUGGUAGAAACUCCCCAAAUACAGGUGUGCCAAGCUUGUAGCGUCAUACCCAAGAAGACUUGAGGCUGUAAUCGCUGCCAAAGCUGCUUCAACAAAGUAUUGAGUAAAGGGUCUGAAUACUUAUGUAAAUGUGAUUUUUCUAAAAAACUGUUUUUGCUUUGUCAUUAUGGGGUAUUGUGUGUAGGGAAAAAAACAAUUUAAUCAAUUUUAGAAUAAGGCUGUAACCUAACAAAAUAUGGAAAAAGUCAAGGGGUCUGAAUACCAAAGGCACUGUAUCUACACACUCUCCUCCUCUCACCUUUUCCCUUCGCACAACACAUCAGCUGUUUGUAACCAGGUGAAAAAACCUUCCCAAGCCAAACCUUAAUAUCAUGACCGCUAACCGCUACACACAGCCUACAUCAUUGUCACCUCAUAGACAACAUAGCUACUAGAACUAACGUGUUAGUAAACCCGCUACAAUCAUGCAGUACAAUGUGCAGUAAGCAACAAGCAGUUUUGCAGUUACACCGGCGGGCCCAGGUGGCAAUACAUUUAUAAAACCAAAAGUGUUGGAAGAGUUCGAGUGUUGGACAGCCAUAGCCAGCAGGCUAACAUAGCAUCCCCCUUUGUUUGAGCUGGGUGUUUGAGUAGGCUAAACUAACCUAGCUGCAUUAGAAUCUAGCUAAGUAAGUGAAAAGAUAUACAGUAUACUACGAAAUAUAGCUAGCUCUCGCUUUCUUGCUUCUCCUUAAUUUUGGAAGAAAUUAAUUUGUUCAAAACUGUUUAACUAUUGUCUUUCUCUCUUUUUGAGUCAACUAUUCACCACAUUUUAUGCACUGCAGUCCUAUCUAGCUGUAGCUUAUGCUUUCAGUACUAGAUUCAUUCUCUGAUCCUUUGAUUGGGUGGACAACAUGUCAGUUCAUACUGCAAGAGCUCUGAUAGGUUGGAGGAGGUCCUCCGGAAGUUGUCGUAAUUACUUUGUAAGUCUAUUGAAGGGGGUGAGAACCAUUUAUUUUGUAUUGAAGUCAAUGUACCCAGAGGAGGACAGAAGCUAGCUGUCCUUCGGCUAUACCAUGGUGCUACUCUACAGAGUGCUGCUGAGGCUACUGUAGACCUUCGUUGCAAAACAGUGUGUUUAAAUUAAUUAUUUGGUGAUGUGAAUAUAUUUAGUAUAGUUUUAUCUAAAAAGGAUAACUUUAAUGUUUCACUAUUUUUAUGAAAUUUACUGCGGAAAAUGGUCCUCCCCUUCCUCCUCUGAGGAGCCUCCACUACUCAGAUUACUGUGUCUGCACAGUUUCUAGCCAUAGGCUGUAAAAAGAAGCCUCGAGCGCACAGCAAAGUUGAUACAUGACUAGAGAGAGACUGAAUACAGCAAAGAGCUGAUGUUUUUAUAAGUAAGACCAUGUUUAAGUUGUUAUUCAGCACUGUCAACACUUUGUUCAACACUUUUAUAAGCCAUAAAAUGUGUGUUCUUCCUACUUCCACACACGCUAAAACCAGCAAUUCAGCUGCAAUGAAUGAGUAUAGCAAAGUGUUUCAAUAAGCUUGCGUUGUUAUUAUUAGUGGCUUGUGUCUUUUUUAAGAGAGGAAUAUUUCACUUUCUCUGGUCAUAGGAGUAACAACAUGAUUUGGUGCAUGAGGCAGAAAUAAUGCAGUGCAACUUGAGUUUCACCAUCAGCUGGAAGACUGUGUCCCCUUUUCUCAGCGGAGGGAGAGCAGAGGGACGGAGGGAGAGCAGAGGGACGGAGGGAGAGCAGAGGGACGGAGGGAGAGCAGAGGGACGGAGGGAGAGCAGAGGGACGGUGAGUCAGGUGAGAGGCAGCCUCACCCCUGCUCUUUCCCUCCACUCAGACUCAAAAUGUUUAAAAACAAAUUAUUAUGCUCACUCAGCUGUGCCUCACAAGUAAUACAACAAAUGAUAUAUUACCAGUGUGAUAAUAUACCUACAAUUAUUUAGAAAUAUAAUUUCAAAGUGGUCUGAGAAGAACAUUGGCAGGGCAAUUCAAGCAUAGCCAAUAUGCAGUGAUAAUGUAUUGGGCCUAUAGUCUACUGCACAAACCUCAUUGCGACAGAACUGUUUUUAAUAGGUUAAUGUUGCAUAGGUUUAUGUUUUUUUUUAUCUGAGCGGUAGAUCUCGGCUUGCUUUUGGACUCAGAUAGUGAUCUUGUCUCAGAAAAGGUUGGUGACCACUGCUCAAGCAAAACCCAAGCCUGUGUGUGUGUGUGUGUGUGUGUGUGUGUGUGUGUGUGUGUGUGUGUGUGUGUGUGUGUGUGUGUGUGUGUGUGUGUAUAUAUGUGUCAGACAGUAGCAUGGUAAGUACAUGCAGAUGAUAGUUAGCAGGCUGUAACCUUUCAGGUCCUAUUUAAAUGUAAAUCAAUGGAUUAAUUGGAGCUCCCUCGUUAAGACUUCAGAGUCGUCAACACCACCUACACCAAUUACCCUGUCAACGAGCUGUCACCAUCACAACGCAAUAUGACAUGAGACAAGAACACACACACACCACGAUAGGUACACACACCAGUACACACAAGAGGAGCUACGGUGCGGCAGGAAUGAAAAGGUCUAGUAGUUCAUAUAAAUGGAGUGAAGUGGGGAAGAGAGGAACUGUUAGACCAGUGUGUGGCCUACACUUCUCUCCCUUUGACAAAUGCCUCCCACCCUGGACUUGAACAGGCAGUGGUGAAAAUGCAUCUGGGGGUGGAAGAAUUCCUCUUGGACACCCUCAGUUGUGUGUGUGUCGUAUGGACCCAUCUCACAUACAAUAUCCUCUGUUAAAGGUGAGUUCUCAUCUGUGCAUCAUCUCAACCUUUAAAGGUUGGCUCCUAUGUUCCUCUACAGGUGUGUAUGACUGUGUGAGAGAAAAGGUAUAGAUUUCAGCGUCAGUCGUGGGGUGAUAGACACAAAGGCAGAGCUGCUGUAAAGAGCCAUGUCACAACUUCAUCCUCUAGGUCCAGGAGAGAUCGAGAGAUGGAAGGAGGGUUAGGAGGAAGAGGUGAAAGGAAGGAAGAAAGAAAGGGAGGACUGAAUAGGGAGGGAUGCCAUGGGGUCUGUGAAACUGAAGAAGAACUACCAAGAAAUAGAUCUAAAAUAACUACUAAAUCUCUCCUUAGAAGACCUCUAGUCCAGGGUUAUGUUCAUUAGGUGAUGAUACCUGAACUUAUCCAGAACAUUCCGUUUUAUUUUCAGUUUCAAAGCUUUGUUUCUCAUUUAUUCUUACUGAACACAGUUAUGGUUUUUCUGACUCAGAGAGAGAGAGUGUGGUUCUUGUCUUCCUCAGGUCUUUCCUCCACCAUCCCUCCAUCCCCUCUCCCCCAGAUCUCUCCUCCUCCAUCCCCUCUUCCCCAGAUCUCUCCUCCUCCAUCCCCUCUUCCCCAGAUCUCUCCUCCUCCUCCUCCUCCUCCUCCCCCUCUUCUCCAGAUCUCUCCUCCUCUAUCUCCUCUUCCCCAGAUCUCUCCUUCUCCAUCUCCUCUUCCCCAGAUCUCUCCUCCUCCAUCCCCUCUUCCCCAGAUCUCUCCUCCUCCAUCUCCUCUUCCCCAGAUCUCUCCUCCUCCAUCUCUUCUUCCCUAGAUCUCUCCUGCUCCUCCCCCUCUUCCCCAGAUCUCUCCUCCUCCAUCCCCUCUUCCCCAGAUCUCUCCUCCUCCAUCUCCUCUUCCCCAGAUCUCUCCCCCUCCAUCUCCUCUUCCCCAGAUCUCUCCUCCUCCAUCCCCUCUUCCCCAGAUCUCUCCUCCUCCAUCCCUUUUUCCCCAGGUCUCUCAGGUUGACCAGUCUCCACACAUGGCUGGUCUGGGCAUGCUCUGUUGUGUUUGGCAUUCAGACUGGAGAGACGGCUAAAGGCCUGAUCACUGAGGCUUGACCGGCUUUAAUCAGCUGAGGACACACACACUGCUCACCCCAGAGUGAUGCAUGUACUGAGGAACUAACUGCAUCCUUGGGUCCUACUUGUUUUCCGGCUGGUGGAGACAAAAGGAAAGGUCUCUCCUCUUGUUCAUUCUGUGAUCUGUCCCUUCCGCCACAAUUCAGCGUGACGGUGACAUUUUCCCCCGUCUGCUGAUUGGACAGAGUGGGGUGUGUGGAGAGGCGCGUCCUCUCACCAUGGAGGUCAUCAUCUCUUUCUCCCUCUCUCCACCUCACUGCCUGUUCUUUUCACACAUAGAUCCCAGUGGAGCGUUACCUACAGACCUCAUUUUAAGAUGUAGAAGACAAACAAUGCAACCAGCACACAUCUCACAGCAAGGUCAAGGACACACACACACACACACACACACACACACACACACAGUUGGAAGUGGAGGUUGACAGUGUCAGCUGAGGGAUACAGUACUGUAGAAUGUUACUUCUCCAUCUGUAACCCUGCUGCACAUUCUGAUUAAUGGUUGUUGAAGCGUCAACCUAAAACGGACAUCGCUCUGCAACAUUUCUUGCUGGUUGCUUACCUCAACAUUUCUCUAUAAACCACAGACAUCCACAUCGCUGUUCCAGGAACAUGUGAAAGCUAAACACAGGCAACACAUAGCAGCCACACAGGCCUCAAAGGGGCAAUACAGGCAGAGGAGGAUACACAAGCCCUGCAGCCUCAAUGGACUACUAAUGAAUAACAGUUUUGUCAGAAAUCACACAACAGACAAUCAGAGCUACAAAGGCCUCCCUUGUCUACCCCUUACCUCCCCCUGUCUCCCACUUACCUCCCCUGUGUUUGUCAGAUAGAGCCGGUCUCCCCCUGUUCUGGGUGAGUGUGAGGUUGUGUCCUGCUGUCAUAGCUACACCACUCUCAUCCAUCUCUGUCACACCCCCCUCUACCCUGCACCCCACCCAGCACUGGGGGUCCCCCCAAACAAACACCACUACAUUUCUAUCUCGAACCCCUCCAUCCCUCUCGUUCUACCUUCCACUCCCCCUUCCAGCCUUCUCCUUCUCCCCCCUCCAUCAACCCUCUCCUGUGUUGGGGCUGCAUUCCUUGCCUGUGGUUAGCAGCUUUGAAGUCAGCAGCACCAGAGCAGCAGAGCCUGCUGUAGAGAGGUAGUGCUUGGCCUGCUGUCUAGCACCAAGCCUAGCCCCAAGCCCUGUCAGCCUCCUCUGGAAGAUCACCUGAUAAAAGAUCAGUUGGAAAGCUAACAGGCUUUGGUGAAGUGAAUAGGCGCUCCUGUGGUUUACGAGGCCCAUGCAGGAUCUGGAGACAGACAGCACUGGGGCAGGGGGCCAGGGGCCCUCACACACACACACACGCUGGUGUGGUCUGGAGACGAUUGUUCUCUUUUCUCUUCCCAGUGGUGUAUUCCUGGGUUAGACUGGCUGAAUGGACUCUUUAAUAAAAUCUCUAUGUUUUGGAUCUGAACUCUGUGUUAUGUACUGUAGAUGGCUUCUCUCUCCCUCUGGAGCCCCCCAGCCACUGCAGACUGGAGACAGUGUUGUUGCUGUGGGCUGCAAACGCUUUAAUUAGUUUGCUUCAGUAGAAUGGGGUUGAGAGCAUUCUGAAAAGUCAAAUAUCUCUGGAGGGGUAUUUAUAUUCCUCUGUGCCUGUUGUUUAUUUCUGUGUUCUUGGGCUUCUUGCCAUCUGCAUUCCCCUCAAAAGCACACACACACACACAGCAGAAUACAUUCAUAUUUAGUCUACAGUCACUGAGAGGGAUUUAUCUGAACUCUGUCUCAACACAACAGUCGGAGUUCUACAAAUGUGAUGGCUGGAGGAGAGUUAUCGAUCUGACACAGAUCACUAUCAAUCAAUCUCCUUUACUUAUGCCAUGGAGAGUUGCCCUGGGGCAUCAGACAUUGUAGGUUCAAGGUAUCCUAAAUGUACGGGGCUCAGAGUAUACCUAAAGCUCUUAAGGCUACUAUAAUGGUACCAGGCUCAGAGUAUGUGAAAAGCCUUGCCUGUUAGGUGGUUGUGAGAGAGUAUUUGACAGGAGACUUGACCUUGUGGAACCCUGAGCUGUAGAAAACUGCUGCUCUGAUCCAGGCUCAUGCUGGAGUAAUCUAGGUAUAUUAUAUGUGAUCAGGCCCAUGGCAGUAAUCUAGGUAUAUUAUAUGUGAUCAGGCCCAUGGCAGUAAUCUAGGUAUAUUCUGUGUGAUCAGGCCCAUGGCAGUAAUCUAGGAUAUUCUGUGUGAUCAGGCCUAUGGCAGUAAUCUAGGUAUAUUCUGUGUGAUCAGGCCCAUGGCAGUAAUCUAGGUAUAUUCUGUGUGAUCAGGUCCAUGGCAGUAAUCUAGGUAUAUUCUGUGUGAUCAGGCCCAUGGCAGUAAUCUAGAUAUAUUCUGUGUGAUCAGGCCCAUGGCAGUAAUCUAGAUAUAUUCUGUGUGAUCAGGCCCAUGGCAGUAAUCUAGAUAUAUUCUGUGUGAUCAGGCCCAUGGCAGUAAUCUAGAUAUAUUCUGUGUGAUCAGGCCCAUGGCAGUAAUCUAGAUAUAUUCUGUGUGAUCAGGCCCAUGGCAGUAAUCUAGAUAUAUUCUGUGUGAUCAGGCCCAUGGCAGUAUCUAUGUAUAUUCUGUGUGAUCAGGCCCAUGGUGCAGUAAUCUAGGUCCAUAGAAACAUUCAAACUGGGGUUUUACGACGGAAACAACCCUGGGUCAGGUACAUACGUGGAGGAGAACCAGUGUCCUCGUCACUGAUCGAGAAACCAUAAACUGGCAUGCACAGGGUGUGUCACAGGCCUUCUGAUAGCUUCCAUGUGGGAGCUGAGCUGACCUCCCUUUAGGAACAAUAUAAUUCCAGGAUGAAAGGGCUUUGACAAACCUGGGAAUGGCAGAAGUCCCAGGGGGGUAAGCCGUGUGUCUGUGUGUUAUUGUAGGUGAGAGUGAUAUUCGCCCCUUGCUAAGGUGUCAAACCAUAACCAGUCCAGGUUAUAUAGGCUAACAAAUCCCAAGAACAAACGUCCACUCUGCUCCUGACUAGAAAAGCCUUAGUGAAAAGUUAUGUUGGCUAAGGAGACCCUGCGAGACUAAACUGAAGGAUCCUCAGAAUUAUAACUGCCUCCAAUGGCAAAAUGCUCUCUCCAGCUCUGGGCCUGACAGGUUGGGUAAAUGCCAGCCAACACAGAACCCAGAGGCAGUGGAGGUUAGACACACACACACUUACACAAGAAAACACACCGGGGAGUGAAGGUUAGGGGGAGAUGGACCCAACACUAAGCCAGGGUGACAGAGGAGGUUAGAGGCGCUAGCAAGAACCACAAAGACACUCUACUGCAAGCAAAAACUGUGCUGAAGUUCAAUCUAGAGGAACUUUAUCACUGGUGUUAACAUGCGCAUGCCUGUGCUUCUAGAGGUUCUGCCACUUAUAUAACCAGGACCAACAAACACAGUGAUUGAGGGAGUAGAGUAGGACUGUGUGUGUGCGUGCGUGCAUGCUUGUUGAUUGAAUGCCACAUUUGUUCUAUCACUCCCCACCCAAUCACUAAUCAUUUUCCCCUUUGGUCUCUGAUCUCUCUCUCUCUCUCUCACACACACACACACACACACACACAAAGAGAAAGACACACGCACACUGAUUCAGGCACGCAUGUUAGGCUUUGAUUCCAUAGGACCAUGAGCUAUUGGGCCAGGCCUGCGUCAUUCAGACCGCUACAGACUAUUUGGUCACUCCAGACUGCUUCAGUCCACUACUAGACUGCCAAAGAUCACCGCAGAGCAUUAACUGUGAGUCCAUUAUAAUCUAUUUCUGACCACUUUAGGCUACGACUGGGACGAUACCAGUAUUGCGAUACUCGUUACUAGUAUCAUGGCAAGAAAACAAAACAUGAAGUGGAUUUCACUUAUUUAGGAAAACAGCCCUAAUGUUGGAAACAAACAUCAUUAUGUUGUUGUCCAGAGUCACAUAUAUUUUAUAUCACAUAUUAUUUUCCAAGCUAUAGCACACAAUAUUUUACAUACAGCAGGUUUUUAAAGGACCAAAAAAUCUGUUACGCGUUUUCAUUCUUGUCAUGGAAUAAAUAUUGCGCUACUGGUAUCGUCACAGCCCUACUUUAGACCAAUUCAGAAACCGCUUCAGUCCACCUCAGCGCUCAUCGAUGAGGAGAGAAGAAGCACCAGUAGCUCUGGGCUCUGACAGGGUCUGUGUCAGUGUGUUUACGUGUAUUUUCUCAGAGGCAAUCAGUAACCCUUUCUGUUUGAGUGCGUGUACGUCCAAUGCAACACAAACAUGUCAGAGCCUGUAUCCUUCAAACUAAAGGCCACGUGUAUGAGUAAAGCCAGUGUAUGAGUAAAGCCAGUGUAUGAGUAAAGCCAGUGUAUGAGUAAAGCCAGUGUAUGAGUAAAGCCAGUGUAUGAGUAAGGCCAGUGUAUGAGUAAAGCCAGUGUAUGAGUAAAGCUAGUGUAUGAGUAAGGCCAGUGUAUGAGUAAAGCCAGUGUAUGAGUAAGGCCAGUCUAAGGCACUGCAUCGCAGUGCUAACUGUGCCACUAGAGAUCCUGGUUCGAAUCCAGGCUCUGUCGCAGCCGGCCGCGACCGGGAGACUCAUGGGCGGCGCACAAUUGGCCCAGCGUCGUCCAGGGUAGGGGAGGGAAUGGCCGGCAGGGAUGUAGCUCAGUUGAUAGAGCAUGGCGUUUGCAACGCCAGGGUUGUGGGUUCGAUUCCCACGGGGGGCCAGUAUAAAAAAAUUAUAAUAUGUAUUCACUAACUGUAAGUCGCUCUGGAUAAGAGCGUCUGCUAAAUGACUAAAAUGUAAAUGUAUGAGUAAAGCCAGUGUAUGAGUAAAGCCAGUGUAUGAGUAAGGCCAGUGUAUGAGUAAAGCUAGUGUAUGGGUAAGGCCAGUGUAUGAGUAAAGCCAGUGUAUGAGUAAAGCCAGUGUAUGAGUAAAGCCAGUGUAUGAGUAAAGCCAGUGUAUGAGUAAAGCCAGUGUAUGAGUAGGGCCAGUGUAUGAGUAAAGCCAGUGUAUGAGUAAAGCUAGUGUAUGAGUAAGGCCAGUGUAUGAGUAAAGCCAGUGUAUGAGUAAGGCCAGUCUAAGGCACUGCAUUGCAGUGCUAACUGUGCCACUAGAGAUCCUGGUUCGAAUCCAGGCUCUGUCGCAGCCGGCCGCGACCGGGAGACUCAUGGGCGGCGCACAAUUGGCCCAGCGUCGUCCAGGGUAGGGGAGGGAAUGGCCGGCAGGGAUGUAGCUCAGUUGAUAGAGCAUGGCGUUUGCAACGCCAGGGUUGUGGGUUCGAUUCCCACGGGGGGCCAGUAUAAAAAAAUUAUAAUAUGUAUUCACUAACUGUAAGUCGCUCUGGAUAAGAGCGUCUGCUAAAUGACUAAAAUGUAAAUGUAUGAGUAAAGCCAGUGUAUGAGUAAAGCCAGUGUAUGAGUAAAGCUAGUGUAUGGGUAAGGCCAGUGUAUGAGUAAAGCCAGUGUAUGAGUAAAGCCAGUGUAUGAGUAAGGCCAGUGUAUGAGUAAAGCUAGUGUAUGGGUAAGGCCAGUGUAUGAGUAAGGCCAGUGUAUGAGUAAGGUCAGUGUAUGAGUAAAGCCAGUGUGAGACCUCUUUGUGUGCUCAUGUGUAUAUUUUCUCUCUUUGUGUCCGCUGUGUAAGGCAUGAACUCACCUGAGCUGGCAUUCUGAGAGACCCAAACUGCUCAAUGCACACUCACACACACACACAGACACACACACACAGACAGACACACUAGUGCUGAGCGAUUAACCAAAAUUGUUAUUUUUCGUUUUUUAAACAGCUCAUUGACCGACGUCCUUUCAAUUCUUUUUAUUCCAUUUCUGGGUUUUUUCUUUCUGUGAGCUCGAUGUACAGUUUCUCUAGAGAUAAAUCAGAUCAAGCCUGAACUGUGCGAUGUAGUAGGGAGCUGUAUUUUCCAACAGGCUAAUAUUCUACAUAGUUUAGAGCAGAAAGCGUGGUAAUUUACUACUAAUUCAUUGUGCGCGCGCCUACUUGUCCGGUCUGUGUGGAGGCUGUAUUCAAGAGCAUCAAAAGGACUGCAGGCGACAGCCGACUGACUAAUCUACAAAUCACCUUGCAUCAUAAAUAACACUCAUUAUUUGUAGAUCAGUCAGUCACAAUUGACCCAUGAUACAUUGUGGUUUUGAUCCUCUCGAACGCGGCCGGAGAAAGAACUUGCGAUCAAGAGGGAUAGAAAGCAGUUGCUUCGAUAGGUAUCUCUACCUGAAAAUACAUGAUCUAAGACGUUAAAAUAAAAUAUGCCUUAUUUAUUUUGAAGAACUACUACAAUAGUGAAUUUGUCAGAGAGCAUAUGCAGCAGCUCUAUAGAGAUGAGAUGACUUGGAAUUAAAUAAUCAUCAAAUAAAAAAAUGUUUUUAUUAAAGUAAAUUAAUGUGAAUAAAUAAUGGUAAAUAAGUGAUAAGCAGUAAUGGGCAGUCACUACUGGGGCUGUUACGGUGACCGUAUUACCGCCACACCAGCGGUCACGAGUCAUGACCGCAGUCAAAUUCUACGUGACCAUUUAGUCACGGUAAUUAGGCUUCUCCAAGCUCUGAUGCUGCUGAUGGUCAUUAGUAGCCUACCAAACUUGCUAACUGCCUGGAACUCAGCACUCUAUUGUCCCUCUAAUCACUCUGACAUCAAUGCAAAUUUAAUCGAAAAUCUAAUCAAACACUUCAUGAGAGCCCAUGAACUCAUGUUGCACAACAUUUCUAUAGGCUAUGCAAUUGCGUGAGAAAACAGAGUUUUGAUGGCCUCUAUUAAAAAGAGGAGGAUCCCAUCAACUUUCUAUAAGCAGCUCGUGAGUUUCAAGUUUGGGGAAGAUAAUUUUCACCAUAAAAAUGCACCUUUAUAAUAAAAGCAUUACAUGCAUAACCGCAUUUGUGGUAACUCUUGAGAAUGGUGUUUUCCUGCUAAUGGAACAUUCGCGCUUAUAGCCUACUGCCGUGUGCACAUUGCUGCGCUUAUAAUGUGAAGAAAUAGCCUAAUAGUUGAUCAACAUUUUAAGCUAAAUGUUCUGAUCUGUUGCAUCAGCCUCAUUGCUUAAAACAUUUUUUGGGGAUCUAUCGCAUCCCACAACUGUCCCAAAGUAUGUUUGCAAUAUUUGUUUUCGCACAGAAUAGAAUAGGUCAACUUUUGUACUAUGGGGGAUAUUAGAUUGAAAUAGGCUAGUGCUUUUACUGUUCAUUAGGCCUACUCCUCUUGUUGGCUGACGAAAAGUAAAUGUGGACAGUUCUUCCAAUAUCUUCAAUAUGCGCCUCGGAAUUGGAUAAGGAUGCGCACAGUUGCAUCCCCGAUGUGUCUGUCUUCACUUGUAGUCUGUGAGAAAGACCCGAUCACAUGACAGAGAGUCAUGUGAGUGAGAGGUGCUUCGCAAGCAGCCGGGAGAAGGGAAUGAUAAUUAUUACAGUGGGGGGAAAAGUAUUUAGUCAGCCACCAAUUGUGCAAGUUCUCCCACUUAAAAAGAUGAGAGAGGCCUGUAAUUUUCAUCAUAGGUACACGUCAACUAUGACAGACAAAAUGAGAUUUUUUUUCUCCAGAAAAUCACAUUGUAGGAUUUUUAAUGAAUUUAUUUGCAAAUUAUGGUGGAAAAUAAGUAUUUGGUCAAUAACAAAAGUUUCUCAAUACUUUGUUAUAUACCCUUUGUUGGCAAUGACACAGGUCAAACGUUUUCUGUAAGUCUUCACAAGGUUUUCACAUACUGUUGCUGGUAUUUUGGCCCAUUCCUCCAUGCAGAUCUCCUCUAGAGCAGUGAUGUUUUGGGGCUGUCGCUGGGCAACACGGACUUUCAACUCCCUCCAAAGAUGUUCUAUGGGGUUGAGAUCUGGAGACUGGCUAGGCCACUCCAGGACCUUGAAAUGCUUCUUACGAAGCCACUCCUUCGUUGCCCGGGCGGUGUGUUUGGGAUCAUUGUCAUGCUGAAAGACCCAGCCACGUUUCAUCUUCAAUGCCCUUGCUGAUGGAAGGAGGUUUUCACUCAAAAUCUCACGAUACAUGGCCCCAUUCAUUCUUUCCUUUGCACGGAUCAGUCGUCCUGGUCCCUUUGCAGAAAAACAGCCCCAAAGCAUGAUGAUUCCACCCCCAUGCUUCACAGUAGGUAUGGUGUUCUUUGGAUGCAACUCAGCAUUCUUUGUCCUCCAAACAUGACGAGUUGAGUUUUUACCAAAAAGUUAUAUUUUGGUUUCAUCUGACCAUAUGACAUUCUCCCAAUCCUCUUCUGGAUCAUCCAAAUGCACUCUAGCAAACUUCAGACGGGCCUGGACAUGUACUGGCUUAAGCAGGGGGACACGUCUUGCACUGCAGGAUUUGAGUCCCUGGUGGCGUAGUGUGUUACUGAUGGUAGGCUUUGUUACUUUGGUCCCAGCUCUCUGCAGGUCAUUCACUAGGUCCCCCCGUGUGGUUCUGGAAUUUUUUCUCACCGUUCUUGUGAUCAUUUUGACCCCACGGGGUGAGAUCUUGCGUGGAGCCCCAGAUCGAGGGAGAUUAUCAGUGGUCUUGUAUGUCUUCCAUUUCCUAAUAAUUGCUCCCACAGUUGAUUUCUUCAAACCAAGCUGCUUACCUAUUGCAGAUUCAGUCUUCCCAGCCUGGUGCAGGUCUACAAUUUUGUUUCUGGUGUCCUUUGACAGCUCUUUGGUCUUGGCCAUAGUGGAGUUUGGAGUGUGACUGUUUGAGGUUGUGGACAGGUGUCUUUUAUACUGAUAACAAGUUCAAACAGGUGCCAUUAAUACAGGUAACGAGUGGAGGACAGAGGAGCCUCUUAAAGAAGAAGUUACAGGUCUGUGAGAGCCAGAAAUCUUGCUUGUUUGUAGGUGACCAAAUACUUAUUUUCCACCAUCAUUUGCAAAUAAAUUCAUAAAAAAUCCUACAAUGUGAUUUUCUGGAGAAAAAAAAUCUCAAUUUGUCUGUCAUAGUUGACGUGUACCGCUGAUGAAAAUUACAGGCCUCUCUCAUCUUUUUAAGUGGGAGAACUUGUACAAUUGGUGGCUGACUAAAUACUUUUUUCCCCCACUGUGUAUUCAGCCCAAGGGCACAACGGCCACUGGCCGCAAAAGGCAUGGAUUGUUUUAGGGGGCAUUACGGCCACACAAAGGGGAUGCAGCCGGGAAAUUCGAGGCAUUAUCAAGUGCUUGUCAAAUUGUGAAUGAGAGACUGAUGAAGUGUGUAGAGCCUGCGAAAAAAACAAAGCAGACCUCAUGCCUUUCAUGCAACUUUUUUCAAAUCAUCAUUAGAGUUGCAUCAUGCAGCCUUAGAAUGUAUUAAAAAUCAAAACAUAUAGCCCAACGUUUGUAUCAUAACUAAAGUUACAUAAAUAACUCUAAAUUAAGCAUAUAGGAAUACCUGUUUCUUUGCUAAACGCCACAGCCCUAGUCACUACCAUCAUGGGACUUGUAUUAAUUGUUUUAUUCUGUGUUACAGCAUUCAACCCACAUAAUGCAUAGUGCAUUUAAUGUUCCCCAAAAAAAUUGAAACCGAAAACCGUUUUUAAAAUGUGUAUAAUCAAACCGAAAUGACCUCAAAAAGCACUAUUCGCUCAGCAAUGUAUGAGCAGUAUUGAGCAGUCCUGCCGUUUCCCUCCACAGCUAAAACCGUCAACAAACCGAGACCCAUUCCCUGCUCGCACCCGGGCUACCACCAACCCCCCAGUCCUGCUGUUUGCCUCCCAUCCAAGCCCCCCUCCCAUCCCAUCCAACCCCCAACUCAAUAUUAACUCAAUAUUACACAACACUGCAUCAUUAGCUAUACUACUGCUCCCAAAACAACCACAGCCUAAAAAAAGACCCAAAACAUGCGCAAAUAUCUACACAUCAAAAAGUGACACAGUUACAACUCCAUAAUGACCAGAGCCCAUAUUGACAGAGACCCAGUACUGGCCCGUCGUUGUGUUACAGAUGAUCAGGCUAAUGAACAUCAGUGUUUAGUUGAAGGGACCAAUUUGUCUCUCUACGCUAGUCCAAACCACUUCCAAAGCCAAUGUCCGCCUUGAAAGGGGAAUCAAUGUGUACUUUAAGAGAAAGUAGAGUGCUCUAUCUCACAUAAACCAAGACAGGGCAUUCACAGCUGCAGAAACUAGAGAUAACAUCACAUGAGCCGAUAGAUCAGCAUCGCUCAGAACUGCCAACAGUGUGUAUGUGUGUGUGUGUGUGUGUGUGUGUGUGUGUGUGUGUGUGUGUGUGUGUGUGUGUGUGUGUGUGUGUGUGUGUGUGUGUGUGUGUGUGUGUGUGUGUUCAUGCCAGGCAGAAUUAAAGUUACUCCUCAGCUUAACUGGCGGCUUGUUAAAAUACCCCACUGCACUCUGGCUUUAAUAAAAUGUGCUAAGUAAUCAGGGUGUGUGUGUGUGUGUGUGUGUGUGUGUGUGUGUGUGUGUGUGUGUGUGUGUGUGUGUGUGUGUGUGUGUGUGUGUGUGUGUGUGUGUGUGUGUGUGUGUGUGUGUGUGUGUGUGUGUGUGCGUGUGUGUGUGUGUUAAGUAAUAAGGGCUAGUGUGUGUGGGGAUUGUGUGUCUUGGUAAAUCCAACAGGAAUGUAAACCCUUGUCUGUCUCAGAGGAACUGGCGAACAGCUGCUAACACACACACACACACAAACACACACACACACACACAAACUGUGACACACAUCCGGCUGGCUGCUGAGCGCCCUGUGUUUGCUGUUUUAAGCUCAAAUUAAGGUUGUAGGAAUUUCACACUGAUGGUAGAUAUCAACUACAUCACCUGCUUCAGUCCAAUGUAACACCAGAGGACAGUGUCACUCCACCAGUGGACUCCUAUAGUGUCAUUUUCUGUCCUCAAAACUGCACAGAACUCCCUUAUGAAAAUGUGAAGUGUCUCAUCAUCUCUCUGGCUGAGGCAGAUACAGUCUAUUAGAUGAUCUAGAUCCACCUGGAUGAAGUGACCUUCACUGAUCAGACAAUGUUAUAUUACUGACAAAGAAUUUAAAGUCCUUUUAUGUCUAUUGAACUUUGCUUCUAAUGCAGAAAUGCAUCCAUGCACACACACCAGAGGGAUCACUCCAGAUACAAGGCGAAAUUCGAUGUUUGUGCAGAUCCCCAGGACGGAAACGUCGUCAAAAUUGGCCACACAUAUUUGUUUUAUUUGAUAAAUGCCCCGCACUGGGAUUGAACCCACUGGGAUUGAACCCACUGGGAUUAAAUCCACUGGGAUUAAACCCACGGUCUAUGGAGCUGGAGCUCACGGCUUAUACCACACCGCCAUCCGUCCACAACAAUUUAGCAAGCCCAGUCGGAAUGAAUGCCUAAAGUUUUAACCCUAUCUCGAACCUUAAUCCUUCAAUUAACCAGUCAGAAUGAAUGCAUAAACUUAACCCUAGAGUUGUUUCUGUUGUAAGCCUAACCCAAAACCUUAACCCAGUCGGAAGACUGUUUCUUUGUGCCUAAAUGUAACACGUUUGUCACCGAACGUCGGCAGAUUAAGUCAGAUUACUCAUCAAAAACAGACGUUUGUCCAAGGACGUCGGGACAUGAAGUCAGACUGAUAUCUUGUGCACACACACACACACACACACACACACACACACACACACACACACACAAACACACACCAGGCGGCAGUAUGCUAAAGCCCUUGUAGUCGGACGAAACUCAUAUUUUAUUUUGAAGCCUCACUAUGAAAACAAUCCCUCAGCUUCACACACAUCUCUGAACAAACACACAGAGCUAUAGCACGAGAUAAUUAUGACAGUUAAAUACAACACCCCACAUAAUCUGGUACAGACCAUUUGGUACAGAACAUCGUCACGUGUUGUACACGGAACGAGGGAUAGCUCGGUCUGUUGUUUUGAAAGUGUUCUAUUCAAAAGGUUUGGUUACUAGCUAUCUUUUGAAUUUGGAAUCUGCGAUGCGGUUAGCAUCAGUUGCUGGGACUGCUACAUCUGUCUAGGGAGAGCUGAGUAGCAGCUAGCCUAAAUGCUAACUAGCUAUCAAGCUAGCAAGGUUUCCUUGACUGGGACCGCGGAUUGUCGCGGGCUUGUGCCUGUCUAAAUCCCUGCUGAAUGUUGCUGUUUAAAUCUGCCCUGCGACCUGCCCUGUCUGGAACUGCGUGGAGUACCAGCGUUAGCCUACGUUGCUACCAUGGCAUCCAAAACCAAAGGUGGGAGUCAUGGAGAGGACAGUGUUUCUCUAUCACAGGUGAAAUAUAUUUGAAUUGAACAAAAAGUGUUUUACAAGCAGUUGUUACAACAGGAAAAUAGCUUCCAGAGCUUUGUCCAAAUACUGAUGGACUCAACUAACAAAAUAAUGGACCAUCUGACCAGAGAGAUCCAGGACCUUAAGAACAGUUUGCAGUUCUCCCAAGGAGAGGUGGAUGUCCUGAAAGAGACUUGCAGCAAGAUGACAACAAACUGUAAGUCCUCUCGAGAUGACAUCAGCACUGUCUGUGAAUCAUUAUUAACAAUGACUGGGAAAACAGACUAGAGGGACAAUCAAGGAGGAAUAACAUCGUUGUGGAUGGCAUACCAGAGUCUUUGCAUGAGAACUGGGCCGAGUCUGAGGAGAAAGUAAGACAAAAUAUCAUUGAAAAGCUGCAGAUGGAUCAUAUGAAGAUUGAGGUGAAGCUGCACUCCCAAUGGAGGAAUGAGAGAGCCUAGCUUCCAAGUCAGUAGCUUCAGCCCAACAUCACACACACACAUGUAUUUAUUUAGUCUCCAUAUUAUCUCCGAUAAGCUACCAAGGAAAGGGCUAAAAAUAGCCCAUAUUAAUACAUGUAGCCUUAGAAAUAAGGUUAAUGAUAUCAAUAACUUGCUAACUUCGGAUAACAUUCAUAUACUGGCCAUCUCUGAAACUCACUUAGAUAAUUCCUUUGAUGAUACAGCAGUAGCAAUACAGGGAUAUAACAUCUACAGAAGAGACAGGAAUGCCUAUGGGGGAGGUGUUGCUGUAUAUGUUCAGAGCCAUAUUCCUGUAAAUCUUAGAGAGGAUCUCAUGUCAAAUGUUGUUAAGUGUUGUGGUUGCAAGUUCACCUGCCUCAUCUAUAGCCUCUUCUUUUGGGGUGCUGCUAUAGGCCACCAAGUGCUAACAGUCAGUAUUUGCCAAUAAUUUCAAUGACUAUUUCACUAGUAAAGUGGAAAAACUCAGAAGUGAAAUGACAACAUUGAACAGUGAACCAUCAUACUUUUGUAUAAAAUAUCUAAUAAUGAAAGAGAAGAAUUGUUGUUUUGAAUUUGGUCAAGUUAGUGUUGGAGAGGUGGAAAGACUAUUGUUAUCCAUCAAUAAUGAUAAGCCACCAGGUAUAGACAACCUUGAUGGGAAACUAUUGAUAAUGGUAGGAAACUGUAUUGCUACCCCUAUAUCUUUAACCAAAGCCUAAAGGAGUGUGUGUCCACCUUUGUGGAAGGAAGCUAAAGUAAUUCCACUGCCUAAAAAUAGUAAAGCACCCUUUGCUCUAACAGCUGCCUAAUCAGUUUGCUGCCUGUUCUUAGUAAACUGAUGGAGAGGAUUGUGCUUGAUCAAAUACAAUGCUAUUUUUCAGGGAACAAGUUAACUCAUAACUUUCAGCAUGCAUAUAGAGAAGGGAACUCAACUUGUACUGCACUGACUCAGAUGACUGAUGAUUGGUUAAAAUAAAUGGAUAAUAAGAAGAUAUUUGUAACUGUAUUGUUAGAUUGCAGUGCAGCUUUUGAUGUUAUUGAUCAUAAAUUGUUAUUGAAAAACUCACUUGCUAUGGCUUUACAUCACCUGCCAUCACAUGGUUGGAGAGUUAUUUAUCCAAUAGAACCCAGAGAGUGUUCUUCAAUGGAAGCUUCUCUAAAAUCAGAUAUGUACAUUGCGGUGUCCCUCAGAGUGGUUAACUUGGGUGUUGCUCUUCUCUAUUUUUACAAAUAAUUUGAAACUGGUCUUACACAAAGCUAGAAUGACUAUGUAGGCCGACUACAUGUCAGCACCCAAAGCCAGUGAGUUCACUGAAAUUCUAAAUAAGGAGUUACAGUCAGUAUCCGAAUGGAUUAUUAAUAAUAACUGGUCUUAAAUACAUCUAAAACUAAAAGCAUUGUAUUUGGCUCAAAACAUUCUCUAAGAGCUAAAUCUCAACUGGAGUUGUACAUAAAGGGUGUGACCAUUGAGUAAAUUGAGGAAGCUAAACUCCUAGGUAUAACAUCGGAUGGUCAAUUGUCAUGGGCAACUCAUAUUGACAAAGUUGUUGUGAAGAUGGGGAGGGGUAUGUCUGUUAUAAAAUGAAUGCACAAAAAUCAACUGUACUAGUUGUUCAGGCUCUGGUCUUUUCCCAUCUUAAUUACUGUCCAGUAAUAUGGUCAAGUGCAGCAAAGAAAGACCUAGCAAAGCUGCAGCUAGCUCAAAACAGAGUAGCGUGCCUUUAACUGCACAUGCAGAACUAACAUCAACAACAUGCAUGCCAGUCUUUCCUGGUUGAGGGUUGACAAAAGAUUAACUGCUUCUCCUAGUUUUUAUGAUAAAUAUUAUUGUGACAAAAAUUCCCGAUUGUCUGCAUAAUCAAAUAACAUUCAGCUCAGACACCCAUUCACAGUCCCCAAGUCCGAAACAAAUUCAUGGCAACGCACAGUUUUAUACAGAGCCAUGAUCGCAUGGAACGCCCAUCUCCAAUUACUCAACCAAACAGCAAAAUUACCUUUAAAAAACAACUCAUGGAAUGGCGGGGACUGUUACGGGACACACACAAACACACACAGACACACAUUAUUUUUUAAUUGUAUUUUUUAAAAUCUUUUUUUAGUUGCAUUGUUUGUACAGUUGAAGUCGGAAGUUUACAUAUACUUAGGUUGGAGUCAUUAAAACUCGUUUUUCAAACACACAAAUUUCUUGUUAACAAACUAUAGUUUUGGCAAUCUACUUUGUGCAUGACACAAGUAAUGUUUCCAACAAUUGUUUACAGACAGAUUAUUUCACUUAUAAUUCACUGUAUCACAAUUCUAGUGGGUCAGAAGUUUACAUACACUAAGUUGACUGUGCCUUUAAACAGCUUGGAAAAUUCCAGAAAAUGAUGUCAUGACUUUAGAAGCUUCUGAUAGGCUAAUUGACAUCAUUUGAGUCAAUUGGAGGUGUACCUGUGGAUGUAUUUCAAGGCCUACCUUCAAACUCAGUGCCUCUUUGCUUGACAUCAUGGGAAAAUCAAAAUAAAUCAGCCAAGACCUCAGAAAACAAAUUGUAGACCUCCACAAGUCUGGUUCAUCCUUGGGAGCAAUUUCCAAACGCCUGAAGGUACCACGUUCAUCUGUACAAACAAUAGUAAGCAAGUAUAAACACCAUGGGACCACGUAGCUGUCAUACCGCUCAGGAAGGAGACGCGUUCUGUCUCCUAGAGAUGAACGUACUUUGAUGCGAAAAGUGCAAAUCAAUCCCAGAACAACAGCAAAUGACCUUGUGAAGAUGCUGGAGAAAACAGGUACAAAAGUAUCUAUAUCCACAGUAAAACGAGUCCUAUAUCGACAUAACCUGAAAGGCCGCUCAGCAAGGAAGAAGCCACUGCUCCAAAACCGCCAUAAAAAAGACAGACUACGGUUUGCAACUGCACAUGGGGACAAAGAUCUUACUUUUUGGAGAAAUGUCCUCUGGUCUGAUGAACCAAAAAUAGAACGGUUUGGCCAUAAUGACCAUCAUUAUGUUUGGAGGAAAAAGUCUUGCAAGCCGAAGAACACCAUCCCAACCGUGAAGCACGGGGGUGGCAGCAUCAUGCUGUGGGGGUGCUUUGCUGCAGGAGAUGGCAUCAUGAGGAAGGAAAAUUAUGUGGAUAUAUUGAAGCAACAUCUCAAGAUAUCAGUCAGGAAGUUAAAGCUUGGUCGCAAAUGGGUCUUCCAAAUGGACAAUGACCCCAAGCAUACUUCCAAAGUUGUGGCAAAAUGGCUUAAGGACAACAAAGUCAAGGUAUUGGAGUGGCCAUCACAAAGCCCUGACCUCAAUCCUAUAGAACAUUUGUGGGCAGAACUGAAAAAGCAUGUGCGAGCAAGGAGGCCUACAACCCUGACUCAGUUACACCAGCUCUGUCGGGAGGAAUGGGACAAAAUUCACCCAACCUAUUGUGGGAAGCUUGUGGAAGGCUACCCAAAACGUUUGACCCAAGUUAAACAAUUUAAAGGCAAUGCUACCAAAUACUAAUUGAGUGUAUGUAAACUUCUGACCCACUGGGAAUGUGAUGAAAGAAAUAAAAGCUGAAAGAAAUAAUUCUCUCUACUAUUAUUCUGACAUUUCACAUUCUAAAAAUAAAGUGGUGAUCCUAAUUGACCUAAGACAGGGCAUUUUUACUAGGAUGAAAUGUCAGGAAUUGUGUAAAACUGAGUUUAAAUAUAUUUGGCUACGGUGUAUGUAAACUUCAACUGUACACACAAACACCAUAUACUGUAGUUUUGACUGUUAAAUGUAUUUACUGUUAAAUACUACGUUUCAAGGUGUAUGUAAACUUCCGACUUCAACUGUAUAUCAUUGUAUUUUACAUUUGUGUGACUUUUCUUGUCCCUCAGUGUUUCAGUGUUUUGUUGCUUGUCAUGUUUUGUGUUUUUGUGGACCCCAGGAAGAGUAGCUGCUGCUUCUGCAAAAGCUAAUGGGGAUCCUAAUAAACAAAUAAAAUACUAUUUGAGGCCUAUACAAACAUACACAGACCCUCCCAAAAAUCACAAAAAUAAAAACAUACACAGGCACGCAGUACAAACAGAAACACACACACACACACACAUAAACACACCCUGCAAAGACAAAUAGAAGAUGCUGCGUCACAUCUAAAAGAAAACACGCUCCAUGAAAUAUUCAGUGAAGUAAAGCCUUUCUCUACAUCUGACUCAGAGUUACAAAAACACACACAAAUAGGAGAAGUAGUUCUGGAAACCUAAACAUAUCCCAGUGUUAGCGUAGCCACUCUGCUACCCACCGCACGCUACACUGGCCCCUCAACACUCAUCUGUCUGUUAACACUGGGGGCUGAGCUGCGCACUGGGCCCCUCACUGUCGCUAUACAUGGGGGGCUGUGUGUGUGUGUGUGUGUGUGUGUGUGUGUGUGUGUGUGUGUGUGUGUGUGUGUGUGUGUGUGUGUGUGUGUGUGUGUGUCACAGUGCAGCUGUCACAACCAGCGUAACAUAAGCCCUUAUUAGACUCCAUUAGCAGUCAGUGAAACUAAUAAGAGAUUGUCAAAUACACCCAAACAUUCACACUACUCACACUGACAGAGAGAGACAGAGACAGAGAGAGAGUGAGAGAGAGAGAGAGAGAGAGAGAGAGAGAGACAGAGAGAGAGCGACAGAGACACAGAGAGAACGACAGACCGAGAGACCCAGAGACUGAGAGACCCAGAGAGGUUUGUCUGUCUUCCUUUCACUUGUUUCUCUCCAGAUAAUGGGACAGGAAGGGAAGGAGCUUCUCUCUUUCUUACCAUUGACACCAGAACUUGACCUAGGAGAUUACCUUUGAUCUUCAAUUAAACAUGACUCAUUCAUCCUUCCACUCACUCAUACAUAGAAUAGUGAAUGUACUGAAAGUGGAUCAAUAUCUUCACACAGCGCUCAACACAGAAAACAUUCCCUUCUGAAAAGAGAGAAGAGGAGUAGAUGGUCUCUUGGCGUUCUGAGCUGUAGUCAUUUCUCUGGGCACAGUUCUCCAAUUGGAACAAAAAGUUCCCCUUACACACACCAUCUCAUCAUAUCACCAUAUCUUUGCACACACCAUAUCAUAUAACAUAAUCUUCUCCAGGCCUAUUUCCCAGCCCUCCACCCAUGUCAAAACACCCAAAACACCAGCCCAGAUCCCCAUCAUGUCCCAGUCCUCAGCAGCACACACCCUUUCCUCUGAUAUCCCCCUCUCUUCAUGGCCUCCAACAGCAGACAGACCCACAGAGAACUGGUCCUUCCUCCAUCCUGAUGAG